AUGUCUCUCGCUGGAUGUAUCAAUUUGUGGCUUUACCUGUCUCAUUGCCCCAUGUGUUUUGUGAUCCUUUCACAAUCCCCCGGAGGAAUCUGACUUCCAUUUAUUGCACUCAAGUUUCAUGUCGCUGAGAAGUUCUUAGUCCCUCUGCUUCUUAUCUUUCCCUAUCAUUGGGAUGCUUUGUGCUGGUGUCCUUUGCCUUGCUACUUCUUAGCAGGUUCCACAUACUGUGUCAGAAGAUUUUGCACGCUAUGAUUGAUCAAACAAUGCAAAUAAAGAAAGGUAAUAUACAUUUGUACAAAUAGUGCAAAUAAUGAAUAUAGUGCUGUAGCAGAAAUAAGUUAUGCAAAUCAAGAGGUUUUUUUAAAAGGGUCACAGAUUCUGCUGAUUGCUGAACACAGAUCUUGAGAUUUUUGAAAGGAAGUCUGAUAUCAGAAAGCACUAUGAAUAAUUUUGGAGAUGAGAGAGAGAAACUGUGAGUCACUCAGGAUCUCUAGUGCAAAGAAAAAGGCACUAGAAAGUCUUUGGUCUGUAAGUCAGGGAAGAAGAAAUUGAAGGAAUAUACCAGUUCAGUCCUGCAUGUUAUCAGUUACGAAGUUUGUAAAACAGGAAGGGGAAGAGAGCACUUGCUGAGUGAUGUGUAACAUCUGGCCAGAAAUUAAACAUUCCCCAGGGUUUGCUAAAAUUGCCUCUCAGUAACUUCACCAAGCUUUUUUAAACUCUUCUAAAAUAUUUUGCUUUAUAUCUCAGAUUUUCUGUAGGCUUUGUGCCCUACAAAAUAACUUACCUUGUAGUGCUAUCUCUGUCCUCAGUAUUUUCCUAGAAGCCAGUCAAUAGUCCUGCGCUGUCCCUAGGUACAGUAUCCUGGUGACACCAACAAGACUGGGUCAUUUGUAAUGCCCCCCCAGCACACACACGGACGGGCUUGUGCUGCUGCACACAGCCAAAGGACGCUGUUUAUGUUCUCUCACUACCAAACCUGAUUAUUUGAAGUUCACAGGAGAAAGUUGUAAGUGUUUAACCACAAAAGCAGGGGCAAAAUACCGUUGUUUGUGUCUUGCAAACAAGUUGAGACAUAAAGUUUUGGUGUAUAGUCCAAACCUAAGUUUCUCUUCUGAUGGAGAGAACCGCUGCAAAUCUCUGGAUUUUAAGGCUUUAGCAUUUCCCCUCCUUCUCACACCUGGUUUUGAGAUUCUCUUUUAUCUUUAAUUGUAUCCCUUUGGCCUAGUCUUCCCACGCCCUGAAUUGUUCCCUUUUCACCCCCCUCCUUCCUUUUCUCUUAUAGUUCUCAGGGUGGAAAAACACUUACUUAAAAAAAAAGUGUGAGAUGUAUUUCUCCCUGUGGAAUAGCUGUAAUCUUAAUUUAAUCCAAUUAUGUUGGCUAAACAUAUUAGCUGGAUGCUUUUGUUAACAGUUGACCUUUUUAAAAUCUGUGUCCUUGGAUUACAGAGCCGAUGUCUCAGGGAGAGGAGCAGAGGUGUUUCACAACACUAGAAGCUGCCACCAAUGGGCUGCUGGGAGCCGGGUGCCUGUGUUGGUUACAAGGAUGCAGUUAAUUCAGUUUUUCUCUGUCACCAAUGAAUUAACGCCUUGCCCCUUCGCACGAAGUAUAGAGAAGAGUGGCUUGAGCACUUUGCACACGCUGUUACACCGUGGGCUUAUAUGAGUUUCAUGUGCUUUAACUUGCCUUUUAAUAAGUUUGAGGUUUGCAAACGGAAUCCAGUACAAAGAUGUUAGUUAGCUAUCCAUAAAUAGAUGCAUAUAAAUUAAUUUAUUUAGAGGCUUCUGUUGGUCACAGGCCCAAAGUAAAUGCAUAAGCUAAAUCCACAAUGCAGAAAUAUCUGUCUACAACUCCAUAGCAGAAUGUAUUAUUUUAUCUUGGUUCACUGAGGAGCAGAAUAUGAUCCAACCCUUUGGGGCAAGUCUAAAGAGCAAGCAACUAUAGUACUCUGAAUUACUCUACCUAAUUGAAUAAACAACGUUCUUUGGAAACAGUUAUUUGGCUUAACUUCAUUAGAUGUAAAACUUUUUUCUUCUUUUUCCUGUGUCUUCCCAGGUAAUGUUCUUUCUAUUGUUAGGAUAACAAGUAUCCCCAGAUUUAAUUUCAGUAACCCGAGUAGCAUGGCAGGGUAUAGAAUUGUUCCCAAAGAUAGUAGAUUGUGUUUCUGUGUAGGAACAAAAUUCAUAUUGCUGGUGGUUUUCCUUGCAGUUUUUCUGUGUGUUGCAUAGUUUAACAGUUUCAUUCAUUGAGUUUAUUAUUCAAGAUGUACACAGCUUUCCUUUGAGCUGAAUGCAACAAUUUAGCUCUUUCAGGGAUCAUCUAUCUAAUACUACAUAUGCUCCACCUUGCUUUCAUGCGAAACGAAGGCUGGAGCUAGGAGAAAGCGGCCACCAGUAUCUUGCUGAAGGACUAAAGACUCCAAAGGGGAAAGGAAGAGCUGCGACAAGAAGUCCAGAUAGUCCAAAAACUCCAAAAUCUCCUUCAGAAAAGACUCGGUAUGAUACAUCACUUGGCCUUCUUACAAAGAAGUUCAUUCAGUUGCUGAGCCAAUCUCCUGAUGGGGUCUUAGAUUUGAACAGAGCGGCAGAGGUCCUCAAGGUGCAAAAAAGGAGGAUUUACGAUAUCACCAAUGUACUGGAAGGCAUCCAUCUCAUUAAGAAAAAAUCCAAAAACAACAUUCAGUGGAUGGGCUGCAGUCUGUCAGAGGACGGUGGCAUGCUGGCACAGCGUCAAGGCCUCACGAAGGAGGUGACCGAACUGACUCAGGAAGAGAAGAAACUGGAUGAGCUAAUCCAAAGCUGCACCCUGGACCUCAAGCUGCUAACGGAGGACACAGAGAAUCAGAGAUUAGCUUAUGUGACGUAUCAAGAUAUUCGAAAAAUUAGUGGCCUUAAAGACCAAACUGUUAUAGUUGUGAAAGCUCCUCCAGAAACAAGACUUGAAGUGCCUGACCCAGUGGAGCAGAGUGCAUUGAUACAUUUAUCUAGUACUCAAGGACCUAUCGAAGUUUAUCUGUGCCCAGAGGAAAACGAUGCCCUCAGUCCAAUGAAAACCUAUAGUCAGGACCACAACGGAAAUAUUUCCAAAACCAUUUCCAAAGAAGUGGCUUCUGCUAACUCAGGACAAGGUGACUGCUCAGUAAAUAUGGCAACAAUCUCUCCGUUGGCUUCUCCAGCCAACCUUCUACAGCAGACCGAGGACCAAAUUCCCUCAAACUUUGAAGGACCAUUUGUGAAUUUGCUGCCUCCUCUGCUUCAGGAAGAUUAUUUGCUGAGCCUUGGGGAUGAAGAAGGCAUCAGUGACCUCUUUGAUGCUUAUGAUUUAGAGAAGCUUCCUUCAUUGGUGGAUGAAUUUAUAUACAGCUGAUUCUCUUAAAUGCUGUCCAUAUCUAAAUCAUUUUUUUAAUGGAAUCAAAAAACCUGCCAUCAUUCAGAGUUGUCCCCUACUUACUAUAAAAUAGCAUUAUUAAAUAAACUAGGCUCUUGAACAGUGCUGAUAUUUUAAUUAAAUACUCCCUAAAAUACUAUAAACGGGAAGCGAAGGCUUUUACAGCAAGGCCUUCUCCUUGACCCUGAGCUCCAGCACCUUGUGAGUCAGCAAGUGCAAGCAGGUGACCGUAAAUGUUUUGUCUUCACACUCCCCCAGUCUCUGCUUACCGUGACAAGUGGGCUUACGGAGAAGGGCUCAAUGAACUGCUUUAGUCCUAAAUUACAAUUUUAUAAUAGUAUUUCAGGUCGUGCCUUCUGCAGAGAAUGCAUGUCUCUUGAGUGUCACAACAUGGAUUGUACCUGCAGUGAACAUAAAUAUGAAGUAAUGCAAAAGCGUGAAAUGGGAUUCUUCAGCUACUUGUGGGAAUGUUUAAAUUGCUGUCAUAAUGCUCAUUUUGAGCUGUGUAUAUGUCUCAUUAUGAGGUCAAAUACUUAUGUCCUUAAAAGCUUUUAAUAAAAAAAUACACUGUAAAUGUAGUGUAUAUUGCAAAUAUUGAAAAGUAUAAAGUUCUGCCACUUCUCGUAGUAAUCACAGAUUUUUAAAAAUGCUUGUGUGUGUGUGUGAAAGUAGUUUUUGUUGGUUGUUUUUUUAAACUAGAACGAAGAUGCACAGUUCAAUUUUACUGCCCCCAGUGUGCAUUAGAACUGGUACAUAAAUUUUUGUGGUACUAAGUGGGGCUUUGUGUUAAGUGCCUACUAGAGAUGCACUGUGGGUUUUUCCCUCUAUGGAAAACACUUAUGCCAAGCUUUGUUUGUUCAAUAUAUCAUAUUUAUCUCAGUGGGUUAGCUUCCUCUGCUUACAGCUUUUUAUAAUUCUCUUCGCCAGCAAAAUGGAACUAAUUUUUUUCCAAAGUACAUAACUGUAAGUACCACAUCAACUGAAUUGCAUUUAUUUUUUGAAGAUCUUUGGUAGUAUAGUAUAGUACCAAUAUUUAUUUUUUGAACGUGAGAGGAAUUCUAAGAAGUCUUAAAUAAUUUUUUUUUUUUUUUUGAGUGUAAAAUAUGUUGCCAUGUUCUGGGCUAAAUUAAUGUAAUGUUGAUUAGAUGAUGCCCAUAUAAUCCUUUUGUUUGCAUUACUGUUGUGCUUAUCUGACAUACUCAGAAAAUUAGUACUAUUUGUACUGUAGUAGGAUAUUAUGUAUGCAGGUUUUCUGGUACCAUUGAGUUGCUGCUAUGAAAGCUCACACAUGAAAAGGCGAGAAGUCACAGUACUAAUAAGAGAACUGUAUGACUGUGUGAGUUUUGGAAUAUAACAAAUGUAUAAAGGGCAACACAUAAAGAACUGUUAAACAGUGUUAAGUGUGUGUUUAUAUGUACAAAUGUGUGCAUAGAUCAUUCAGCAGUUGUAUUUAAGUUGAUAAAUGUUCUCAACUCACACUUUAGUUAUCUAGCAGUUUUGUACAAUAGAAUUAAUUUGUAAACACUGCCAGAAUAUUUUCUAGCUGGUUUGUAAUUUUUUAAGAGUUUUUUUAGAUGUGGAUCUGUAAAUAAAAUUGUAGUAUUUAAAGUUUUCGUCUUGUGGAAGAGGAAAGUAAAAGUUGUGUGAGCAUGAAGAUUUGCGAGACAAAGGGGCACUUUUGCGGGGGAAGAGAAAAUGAAGACUAACGCAGACCAUCUUUUUUGUACAAAUUAAACACUUGUCCCAAUGUGUGUGGGCAAAAUACUAAUCUAAUUUAGCUUUGCAUUGUAUGCUAGUUUAAAAAAAAAACCUCUGUAAAAUACUGUAAAAAACAAACAAAAAAACAACAAAAAAAGCUUUUAUGGUGAGUUUUGUAAAUAGAUUUAUUAAAGGAUGACCUGUUCUCUAGCUGUGAUCUUACCACUUCAAAUGGAUGUAAUUUGAAUAAAUUUUGUAUGGUAAUGAAUCAAUAAAAAGGAUUUUUUAAAGA